CUCUUUCUUUCCCACUUCACUUUUCAUUCUUCAGCAACAACACACUUUCAACUGGAGCUUACACAGCGGCAUUAUACUUUCAAUGACGCAGACAAUAAACCUUUUUCGUCGUCCCACAGCAACUGAUCUACCUUGUCACUUUUUAAGUCGGGUCGCACGAUUGUUGACACCAACCUCACUCAGUUCAACAUGUUGCUAAGCAUGGAUGUUAUGAAGGUGCGGGAUUGGACCUAUCUUGAAGACCCCCCUAAAGACAUCGGCCCAGCUCGACAUCUUCUUGAGGUCUACAGCAAGAUUCCUUAUAACGAUUUAGAUGGCCACAUACGCCGUGUCCGAGAGAAGGCCUGGUGUAUCUCACAGUACCCUUGCGUUGGGCGAUGGAAAUUUCUAUACAUCCCGGAUCCCAAAGAUCCUCGCUACCAACAAGCUCUCUUCCGCCUUAACGUCGCCGGCUCUAGAGAUGUCCUUCUUGAUCUGGGAUGUGGGGUUGGACAAGUAAUUCGACAGUUUCGUGCAGAUGGAGUUGACGGCUCUCAACUCAUUGGUACCGACCUACAGUCCAAGUUCAUCGAUAUUGGCUACGAUUUGUUCCAGGACAGACACUCACUCGACGCAGCAUUUGUUGCUGGCGAUAUGCUUGAUCCUGCCGACAAGGAAAUGGCUUCUUUGCGCGGCAAGAUCACGAUGGUUCAUGCCGGCAGCUUUUUCCACCUCUUCAACUGGGUUCAACAACUUUACAUUGGCAAGCGCGUUGUCGAAUUCCUUAAGCCCGGCACCAAAAAUGCAUUGAUAUAUGGUCGCCAGGUCGGCACGAACCAUCCAGGGCCGUCUUCGACUAGCACGCGAUCAGCUUAUCUACACGACCAAGCGAGUUUCCAGCGUCUAUGGGAUGAAGUUGGAGCCCUCACCAAGACGCGAUGGCAGGUACAGGUCGAACCUACUGGAGAACCUGUCUCCAAAGUCCCUGGAUUUAGCAACCACGCAUUCCCCGUCAAUUUCACCGUCUACCAAGUUUCAUGAGAAAUUGCUCCAAUGCGAUUCGCAUCAUAACAACUUAACCGGAAUGAGCGGCGAUCGUAUUAUGACCCCGGUCCCGCCUCAUUUCUCCUCUUAUCCGGCGACUUCGACCCUAUUG